AUCACCAUACAAAGUAAUAACAACUGUCUGUUCUCUCAUCAGUCUCUCUUAAUAUGGCAUCAUCAAUCCUCAACUUUCUUCUUACAUUCUUAGCAGUCUCAAAUCUUGUAUACCUAUCACAAUCACAAGUUACUAGAGCUCCCUUCAAACCUGACGGCCUUGCUUUGCAAGUCUUUAAGGAUUCUGCCACUGGUCUUCACAUAACCAACAUCACAAAAGGAACUCCCCAGCAAUCCAUCCCAUUGCUGAUUGAUUUGAAUGGCAACUUCUUAUGGUUAAAUUGCGAAAAAAAUUACCUCUCAUCAACCUAUUUAGCCCCCUUUUGUCAGUCAACUCAAUGUUCUCGCUUUGGUUCUCAUUCGUGCAACAAAUGCUUUUCCACUACUCCUAGGCCUGGUUGCCAUAACAACACUUGUGCUGUUACAACAACAAAUCCUUUAACUAGCCAAACUGCAACCAGUGAAGUUGCUCAGGAUUCUCUCUCCAUUCAAUCCAUUACUCAAUCUGGUUCAAACUAUGGUCCUUUAGUUACUAUUCGCCACUUCCUUUUUGCUUGUUCACCUUCAUCUUUGUCACAAGAUCCUUUUCCUAAUAAUGUCCAAGGAGUAGCUGGAUUAGCUCACGGUUCAGUCUCUCUCCCAAUUCAAUUUGCCUCUCAUUUUGGAUUCCAUCGUCAAUUCUCCUUGUGCUUGCCCUCUUCCUCACAAAAAAAUGGUGCAAUCUUUUUCGGGACUAGUGGAUUGAAUGGUACACAGACAGGUAACUUAACCUACACCCCAAUAAUCAUCGGUUCACAAGGUGAAUAUUUCAUCCCAGUCAGGUCAAUUCGCGUAAACAACAAGCCUGUCCCAUUGAACCGUUCAUCUUUAAUCUCAACAAGGACUAGAAACUUUGGUGGCGCGAUGAUUAGUACUACAGCACCUUACACAGCUCUUGAACACAACAUUUUCACAACUUUCACUCAGUUUUUCGCUAACCAAUCCUCUGGGAUAUCUCAAGUGAAUCCUAUAUCACCAUUCGGAUUAUGUUUCAAUUCCAACGUCUCUUCGAUCACAAAUGUUCCGAACAUUGAUUUUGUGAUGCAGAACAAAAAUGUUACAUGGACUAUUGUUGGAACAAAUUCAGUAGUUGAAGCACGACCAGGUGUGUCAUGCUUGGCGUUUGUUGAUGGAGGACAAAAUCCAAAGGCUCCAAUUGUGAUAGGGGUGCAUCAAUUGGAAGAUAAUUUUGUUGAGUUUGAUUUGGUCAGGUCGAGAUUGGGAGUAAGCUCUUCGUUGCUGUCACGUAAUACUAGUUGUUCUAAUUUCAAUUUCACAUCCAAAUCGUCUUUCGAUUGAUUAAAUGGAGUGAAAAUUGAAGAAAAGUUUAAUUUCCUAUCUAUGUUCUUGUGAUAUAGUUUAAGGUCUAUGCAAUUUUAGUUUAAGUUUCUUUUGUUUGUAUUUUCGUCUUAAGAUGCAAGUGUACUAGUUUUGAGCAAGGAGUGUUGUUGAUUUCAAUUUUAUGUCACAUAUUAUGAAAACACACACACAAAAAAAAAA